UUUAUCAUAUAAGCAACGGCUUAAACAUAAUAAUGUCCCUAUUCAAGAUAUUCGUUCUGCUUCCACAUCGAGAGAAAUUAUUUUAUUUAAUCGAGUACGUGAAACAAAAGUUUCUGUAUGUAAAUUAUAAUAAUUACGAGGCAUCGGUGUUGGCUGAUUGCAAACGUAAAUGUACAGUAUUUAUCUGCUUUUUUAUCUUUCUAAUUGUGGCGACUGUUGUCUCCUUCGUUGUUAAUCCAAUUAUUGCGAAUAUUGGGAAGAACGAAUCUGAUAGGGAAUUGCCAUUUUAUAUAGAAGUUGAUCUUCCACUAUCAAUGACACCAUACUUUGAAAUCAUCUUCUUCUUUCAGGUUGCAACUUUAUACCCCAUCAUCUUCGGUCAUAUUUGUUUCGACAAUUUUUUAUGCAUAAUGAGCCUACACGUGGCUGGACAAUUUCGGAUACUGCAAUACAGAAUAUCAAACACGAGUGUUAUAAAGGAUAUGGAUGAACUCAAAGAUGUAUCGGACAAAAGUUUGUUAAAAUUCACAGAAGAUUAUUACAUCAUCUUUAAAAAUUACAUUCACCAGCAUCAAGCUCUUGUCGUCUAUUGCGAUCAACUUGAAGAAGUAUUCAGUCUUCUUUUAUUCGUGCAACUGUUAUCGUUCAGCUUGUCCAUUUGCUUGGAUGGAUUUCAAAUACUUCUGGCGAAUGCACCGGACAGACGAAUCAUCUUCUUCUUCCACCUCCUGAGCAUCAUAUGCCACUUAUUUAUGUUCACGUACAGUUGUGACAGUGUCAUUCGAGAAAGUAGGAAAUUGGCCUUGGCUGUGUAUUCUGGACCAUGGGUCUUUUUACCCAGCAAUAAAAAUGUACAAAAUCUAAGAAGAGAUUUGGUAAUGGUCAUCAUGAGAUCCAAUACCCCUUGCUGUCUAACAGCCUAUGGAUUUUUCAUUGUGUCUUUAGAGACUUAUAGCAGGGUUCUCAGUACAGCAGCAUCGUACUUUACACUUGUAAAAGGAAUGCAAGAUACUAGUUCCUCGUAGCACUUUGUAACUGUAAUACAAUGCGCGUUCUAUAUGUGAAAUUGGUUGUGGAUCAAUCGA